CACCACCACCACCACCACCACCACUUCUUUCUUCUGCAUUAGUAUCACCAGUAGAAGACAUACAUACAAUAACACCUACUACUACAAAUAUAAAGACUCAAGCAGCUUUUGUUAAUAAAUUGUACAAGUAAGUGCUUUAUAUAGAUAACACACCAUGAAUACUCAUAUCAUGAUAGAAUGCUGGAAGAUCCUGAAACAUCAGAACUCAUCUGUUGGUCUACUCAAGGUGAUUUAUUCAGUGUAUCCAAUCCUACAGCUUUCUCAAAGACAGUAUUACCUCAAUACUUUAAGCAUAAUAAUUGGCAAAGCUUUGUCAGACAAUUAAACAUGUACGGUUUUCAUAAAGUAAACGAUCUAAUUCAUUCCAACUUGACUAAUGAAAACCAAACUUGGGAAUUUAAACAUCCCAAUUUUCGAAGAGGUGCUGUUAACGAUUUACAACAUAUUAAAAGAAAGAGUGCAAAGUCUCAACACUCACAACAACAUCACCAUCCUACACAACGACAACGUCAACAACAACAACAACAACAAUCUUCACAACUUCAUCAUUAUAAUAAUACUACAAAAGAUAAGCAUAUUGACGUGGUUAAACUAGAAGACCUACACGAACAUAACAGUUCUGUCAUGAAACACAUGUUGACGAUUGAACAACAAUUAGUAGGAAUAACUAAAUCAUGUGAGCAGCUUUUUAAUGAAGUAAUUCAUUUAAGGUCAAUUGUUUCUAAACAACAAGAUGCAAUGCAAGACUUAGUUGACGUAGUGUCAUCUUCUACAAGAGCAAUCAAUUGUGCUUAUUCCAAAAAUAGUUCGAGUAACAAUCAAUUAGAAUUAAGAAAUGCUGAAAAUCUUCGAGCACAGGUUUCAAAAUUAAAAGAAAAUCAAACGUUAAACAGCUUAGGUUAUAAUAGUGAAAGUGAUGCAUCCAAAGGGAAUACAAAUUGGUCUUCUAUGGCAUCCUUUUCAUCUUCUUCCUCUUCAUCCAUGUCAAAUAAUAAACAUGAAUCAAUACAUAAUCCUAACUCGCUGAUGUUUAACUCAUUUCCAAAUGAUACCACGAAACAACGAAAAUUAUCUUCAUUCGACUCAGUACAACAGCAUUAUCAAUUAGGCUAUCAUAGAUUGGAUAAUCAUCAUCAUCAUCUUAACACUAAUAACUCUAUUUCAACUAACUCCAAUAAUAACCAUCAUUUCACAGAAAGCAGUAGUAACCAUUUAGAUUAUAUAAAUAAUAACAGUAGUGAUGACAGUCAUACAUCACAACCAUCAUCUUAUGAUAGAGAAUCAGAUUCAUUAUCCAUUCAAAGUAAAUUACUAUACAAGUCAUAAAUAUUCCUCUUUAAAUAUUAAAUAGUAUUAAAUUAGAGUCAACAAAAAAUAAAGUUCUUUCAUCAAAGAUGGGCUUUGGAAAACAAUCUCAUAUGUUAAAUCCAAUCAAAGGUAACAAUAAUAAGGAACAAAUAGAAAAGGAAAACAUUUUAAUGAUUGUAUAGGUUCUUCUUCUCAAAAGCCUCAUAACACUACCAAGUAUAAAUAAAAU